GCAUACAAAGAGAAGAGAAGAUUUCUGCCAAGUCCAACCAAAAUAAUCAAUGCUCAAGAGACAUAGCAUAAUUAGGAGUAUGCAUGUCUUUGUGCAUGGUGUUGAGUGUAUGGUGUGUUGUGUAAAGUAUAUACUUAAUGGACUAUGCAGUCCCUGAUGUGUUAGCCUUAUUAAUUUAAUAGGUAACUGUACUUAUAAUAUCUUACAUAGACAAUGACUACUUCUUAUGGUCAUGCACAUGAAUUAGUUAUAGCUGAGAAUUGAGUAAGCUAGUGCAUGCAUGGCUGCAUAAUUAAAGUCGAUGUAUCCCACGUGAGUAUGUAAGUAUAAUGCUGUGCUGGUGUUGGGUUGCAGGUAUGUGCAUUGUGUUGUCCUUCUUAGAUCAUUCAGAUGUGUAUGUCUGCAUCCAUGGCUUUAGUGGUUCCCCAUUGUAAAUAUAUGGCAUCCUUUCCUGUGUGGUGUGUACUGACGUGACCAUGUUUGGUGGUGUGCAGUAACCAAUGACGAUUUGAAUCAACCUGAUGAUAUUGAUCGUAUCCUCACUAGUAGUUUGGUUAUACAGAGACAUUGGAAGCAAGUCACUGCCUGAAAUGAGUUUAACUUACUGUCUUGCGGAAAAACUCUAUUGCGCUAGUGAUGGUGGCUGUGACAAAAAAGUGUUUGAGCUGCUACAAAGAGGAGCUCCACCCAACAGUGAAUACUACACUAGAGUAAAGAGUGGACUCACUCCACUACUCCUGGCAUGUGCUAACAACCAUCUCUGUAGUGCAGAACUACUCAUCAAGUUUGGAGCGAUUGUAGCUGCUACAGAUAACGACGGUUGGACCCCCUUACACUACGCAUGUCUCUACAACUGUAAGGACACUGCUAAGCUGUUACUGGAGCAUCACUGUCCCACAGAUAUCAAGGACAGUGAUGGACGGACUGCUGCCACAUAUAGCGUGCACCUUACCUUGGCUGACUAUGUGGAGGAGUUCCAGCCUGGACCUAGAGAUCCUCUGUCUUCGUACCCAACACUGGAACAACUGAGUCAGCUGGAAUGUGACCAAUGGCUUCAACUUGGUGUUCGCUUGGGAUUGGGCAAUGACCAACUGGAAACCAUAAAGAAGAGUCAACAUCCCACAGCAGCAACUCUCCAGGCAGCCAAAAUUAAGAAUAUUGACAUGCAGUGGAAGGAUAUUGUGGAAGCUCUAGUGAGCAUUGGGGAAGGUGAGAGUGCUCUGUCAGUGAGUGCAUUCUAUGGCUGGCUGGACUGUGUCAAGCAUCUUGUGGAAACUGUGGGCCUCAAUCCAAAAGAUAUAGUCAACAAGGCUGGUGACACCCCACUCUCUCUGGCCUGUGCCAACGGCCACUUGGACACAGUCAAGUAUCUUGUGGACAAGCAUCAUUGUGAUCCUAGAGGUAUCCUCUUACUAGCAGUAAAGCAAAAUCAAAAAUCAAAAGUGCAAUUUUUACUGGUAAAAUUCCAUAGCGAUCCGAAUGUGACCAACGAAGAAGGCAAGACACCUCUCGAUUUGGCAAACGACCCAGCGAUUAUAAAGCUCCUCUUGAAACACGGAGCCAAGGCCGCCAAUGUCUACAAGGAACACAGCAAGCUCAUCGGAAAGCUCUCCUCCGAGCGACCCCCACACCUUCCUCUGUUUGUGCUCAUCAUUGGCGAUGGUGGCGUGGGGAAGAGCACUCUGUUGAAGUCCAUUCUGAGCCCAAAAGGGUUUCGGUCCAUAUUCAAGAGAGCAAGACCCGUAGAUGGCGUCGAUGCGAGGACAGUGGGGAUCAUACCGUAUGAAGUAUACACCAAAGAGUUUGGGAGAAUCAUCUACUUUGAUUUUGCUGGCCAGAAAGAAUUUUACACGAGCCACAGUGCCAUUCUGGAGAAUGCUGUUCAAACCUCACCACCCAUUAUUAUCCUCUGUGCUAAGCUUGUAGCAAGUGAGCAGGCGAUUAUUGCAUCCACGUAUCGUUGGUUGACUCUUGUCCAAAACCAGUGCACCAAUCUGAAAGGCAAAGCCCACGUGAUAGUAGUUGGUAGCCAUGCCGACCAAGUAACGGAAAUGGGAGAUGAUCCGCAAGCCAAAGCGGGAAUCUUUGCCCCCAUUAUCAAGCAAUUCCCGAGAUUUAUGUUCACAGAGUUCAUUCCAAUGGAUUGCCGCUUUGCUGAUUCGAAUGACAUGACAAAAGCAAGAAAACAGAUUCAGAAAAGCUCUGCCAUUCUCCGCUCUCCAGAAACUAUCAGCCUGAAUGCUCACACUUUUUAUAUCUACCUUGCCGAGAGCUUCAAAGACGACCUUGCUUUGACGUUGGGAAAUGUAUAUGAAAGAAUUAAAAGCGAUCUUAACGAGGAUCUGUCAAAACGCACCCAAGACAUUCUUUCUUUCAUACCCAGCACCGUCCCUCACCUUGUAGAGAUCUGCGACCAACUACAUAAAAGAGGUCUCCUCUUGUUUCUCCGCAAUGACAGCUCUCCAGAGAAGUCUUUCUUAGUGAUUGACCAAGCAACGCUUCUGUCUAGAGUCACUGGGACUGUGUUUGCUCCUGAAAAUUUCCGCCAACAUUGCAAGCUAGCUUCAAGCACUGGAGUGGUACCUUUGUCAAAAUUCAAGAAAGCAUUCUUUGGCUUCGAUAUAGAGAUACUGAUUGCCUUCAUGUCUCAUUUAGAGCUGUGUUUCGAAAUUAUGGACAUGCAAGUCUUGGAUUUCAUUUCGAAGGAGAUUGCCUCUUCCACUGACAGAGAUGCUUCUGUUCCUGAGUUUGACACUCGAUAUCUCUUCUUUCCCGGGCUCAUUCGAAUCGAAAUACCAGAGCAAAUGUGGGAAGAAUCGCAAAGCAUCAAGUACCACUUUGGUUGGAUACUCCAAACCUCUCAAGACACAGAGUUUUUCGAUCCUCGCUGCCUUCAGGUCCUCAUUCUGAGGAUAGUAUUCACGUUUCGCCUUGCCCCUGCCCUAAGAGUACAGCAUGAUGUCCCUUCCCUGCAAAGAUUCUGCUCUGUGUGGAAGAGUGGGAUCUGCUGGUGCAACGAUGAUGGGAUUACCGUACACCUCGAACUUGCUGAAAAUGGCCAAUCUCUUGUUCUCAAAAUGCGCUCUGACACAGUGCGACCUGAAGGUCUGAUUCAUCGCUCCAGAAUUAUGAGCACAAUCCGUGAGACUGUUGAAAGUUUUGGUCGCAAUGUGAAUGUGAUUGAAACGGUGAUUGAUCCAAAUCAAGUUGUCAAACAUCCUCUGAAAAAUCCCUCUAACCUCCCACUGGUUAACAUCAAAGAUAUUGCAGCAGCUGUCUCCUCCAACAGAGGCACAAUCAAAUCAACACAGCAAGUUGGCCUCACCUUCAAGCACCUCUUACAGUUUGAGCCGUACGCCGGCCUGGAUCAAACCACCAUACAGUGUAUCCACAGUGACAAGAUUGCCAAGAAAAAUGAGAAAAUCUCCAGUGCAUUUGUUUCCCAUUUUGCCAGCGAAAUUGCCCACCCCGAUAGUGAAAAUCUUGAUCAAGUAGUUCAAAACAGUCGCAUGUACAGAAGAAUCCUGUGCCCUUCCAUUGUCAACAUUCAGUCUGUCAGUCCCAUACAGGAGGUGGUCCAGGCCCUUGAGACGUGGAGGAGUGAGACUGAGGGAACUUACAGCUGUCUGAGGGAGACUCUCAACAAGUGCAGCGUCUUUACUGGAAGAAACCCUCUGGACCUAGCUGGUGUGGCUCAUGAUGAUAUUGAUCCCUCUGUAUUUAGUAUCAGUGGUGAUGAUCAAAAGGAUCCAGGGAUCACCAGCCUCCAUGAGUUGAUGGUCAAGCAUGGAGUCACUGACAAGCAGUUGGAUCGAGAGAUUGCACAAGACGACCUUGCUCCAGUAGCUAUGCACUUUAAUGAUGUGGAGCUCUACCUCAACCCACUGAAGUUGACUGCCAGUGAACAAGCUGACGUGAGGCGAGAGACUUUUUUAAGUAGAAGCAAUCAAGUGGCAGUGAUCAACUGUUUGUCAAUCUGGAGAGGUCACGAACCCAGCGAAGCAACCUUCAGAGCACUGAUUAGGAUCUUAUUGGAUCUGGGGAAGGAAGAGAUUGCUACCAAGAUCUGUCAGUACUUGAAAGAAAAGGCCCAGUGAUCUAUGAGUGCUGAGAGUGACUGACUGUAAAGCUAGAGCUGUAGGACUCUUGUACUGAAUGUGUGCUUUUUAUUUACCAAUUGCUCCAAAUUGUGAGUGUGGAGAGGAAAUAAUCUGUUUAACACUUAUUGCAUUAUUGAUCUUUACCUAA